AUGUGGAAAAAGAUCAUACCACAUAGAGGGCCAACCUUUACAAGAAGUGGAAAAGGAAAAGGACAUAGGAGCAGGGCCUGUAUCUACAAAGGGAAAAUCUACAGUCAAGGAGAUCACUGGACGGAUGGAUGUGAAUACAACUGUACUUGUGUCGACGAGACUACUGGACGAUACAACUGUGUCAAUUUGUGUGCAACUUUCACUAACUUACCACAAGGCUGUACUUUGGUGAAGAAGCCAGGAGAAUGUUGUGCCCUACCCGACUGUGGUAACUACACUCUUCCAGGCUCUGGUCAGGGUUCAGGUUUCUGUUACUACAAGGGACAAAUGCACGGACAGGGUGAACAAUGGAAUGACGGCUGUGACUACAAGUGUACCUGUCAAGAUGCUACAACAGGAACAUACAGGUGUACAGACAGAUGCUAUAAAUGGAACCUGCCUGCCGGACUUUGUACCCUGGAUCCUGCUCCAGCUGGAAAGUGUUGUCCUGUCCCCAACUGUAGCUCACAGGUGGUCUUACAAUACCCUCCAGGUUACGUACAGGAAUGAGAUUCAGAACACACAUAGACGUUUUGUAAAUAGUGUGUAAUUUAAUUGUUAUGUGAAAGAACCUGUACACCAUGAUUUAUAAAUAAAUUAUGAACAAAA